AUGGACCAAACCAAUGUGGGCAAUAUGAACAAUUACUAUGAAAGGCAGUACUCGCAGGAGGAUCUGCAGAGGCUGGCGGACCUGAGCAAUCAUGAUGCGAUGAUGGGCAUCAUAGGUCCGAAUGGAGUGGAUGCCUCAGGCAUGAUGGGUGGCCAUACAUUGGACGACUUCAUCAAUCAGAAUCAGAAGGAGAUACAGCGGAGGAGCAGCUUUCACCAAUCUAACACCUACACUUCCAACCGACCGAUACCAGAGAUGGAUUCCAGAAGGUCAUCGAUGUUGGAAUUCGGUCCUGGAAAUAACAGCGACCUCGAAGGUUUCCAAUUCGAUCCAACUCCCGUUUCAACAAACUCUGGGAUGCAGCGUCCCGGGAACAUUGCUCAACGAAGACUCGACAGCCAAAGAGCGAGACGGCAGUUAUCCAACGAGCAUCUUGCACUCAAUACAAGCUUCCACAGCAUGGCUCCAAACUAUACACCAAUCUCAUCAUCCUCACCCUACGGCCAUAAUCUUGAUUCUGCAGAGUCGCUCGGCUACGACAUGUCCGGAAGCUACCUGUCUAACAACAUGCUUAUGGCAAUGGAUUUUUCCGGUUUGGACCACGGCACGAAUGGCGAUAUAACCCCAAGGAAUGCGUAUACGGGCAACAAUUUCACAACCGACAUGUCCACUCCGCCUAUGCAGCAGAAUAUGUCCUCUUCGAUACCCGAGCAAAUGCAUGAUCCUGGAGGAGGUAGUAUGCUUGGUCUCGGUACACAAGACGGGAUGGCAAAGAUGCCAAAUAUGCCAGUUUCAGAUCAGAUGCAAAAUUUGCAAGUCAAUCUUAGCCAACCCCAGAUCUCUAUGUCGAACACGAGCCCUCCGAUGGAGAUGUCAGGAUCCCAUGCUCUACCCGAUCUCGAUCCCCCUCAAAAGCCUCGGCCGACUCCUAACCUUGAUAUCACUACCAACAAUGGGGUACCUUAUCAGGGUCAAGGGAGUGCUUCACAACAGGUAAUACCCCAAUAUCGUAACGCCUAUUCAUCCAGCGGUUUUGAUAUGCUUGGAGUCCUUAUGAGAGUCGCUGCGAGGCCAAAACCACAGAUCAACAUAGGAGCGGUCGAUAUGUCAUGUGCCUUCGUCGUAUGCGACGUGACUCAGCACGACAUACCGAUUGUAUAUUGCUCCGAUGUCUUUGAACGUUUGACCGCCUAUACACGGCACGAGAUAUUGGGGAGAAAUUGCCGUUUCCUCCAAUCCCCGGACGGCAAAAUUCAAACGGGCGUCAAGCGAAAGUACGUCGACGAUCAAUCCGUGUUUCGCAUCAAGAACAUGAUCAAUCAAAGGCAAGAAACGCAGAUCAGUCUGAUCAAUUAUCGGAAAGGAGGACAACCGUUUAUGAAUUUGCUUACUAUGAUACCGAUAACAUGGGACAGCGACGAAAUCAAGUACUACGUUGGGUUUCAGGUUGACCUUGUUGAACAGCCGACAUCCAUAACAAACAAGAAUCCUGGUAAGGGUAUCCUUUCUCUAUUCUUGAAGGUGAAGUUCACUGACGCUCGUCGAGAUGGGUCAUACAGCAUUAACUAUCAGCGCGGCUUGCUGCCACGAUAUGUCGUCCCCGAUCAUCCUGGCCAUCAGAAUUCCGAGCUUGGCCAAACUGUUGCUCGUGAUGAUGUUUCUACAGUCCUCAGUACUAUUGGUUCUGGGGAAUCUGAGUUAUCAAAACGAAUAUGGGACAAGGUCCUGCUCGAGAACACUGACGAUGUUGUGCACGUCCUGUCCCUGAAGGGGCUCUUCCUCUACCUGUCUCCGUCGAGUCGCAAAGUCCUCGAAUAUGAUCCUAGCGAGCUUGUGGGCACAGCAUUGUCUUCUGUCUGCCACCCAAGCGACAUCGUCCCGGUUACGCGGGAACUCAAAGAUACUUCGACUGGAGCUGCUGUCAACGUGGUCUUUAGGAUUCGGCGAAAACACAGCGGCUAUACCUGGUUUGAGAGUCAUGGGUCACUUCAUCUCGAGCAAGGAAAGGGCCGAAAGUGUAUAAUCAUGGUAGGACGAGAACGCCCAGUCUACGCAUUGGCAAGGGAGGACAUCAUGUCUGCUGGUGGCUUUGGCGAGAGUGAGCUGUGGACUAAGAUGUCCACGUCAGGCAUGUUCCUGUUCGUUUCAUCUAAUGUCCGCAGUCUCCUCGACCGUCAGCCCGAAGAUCUCGUUGGAACCAGUUGUCAAGCACUCAUGCGGGCAGAGUCGAAGCUUGAGUUCGGCAAAAUGCUAGAGGUUGCUCGCACAGGUGUUCGAGCAACUUUCAAGCAUGACGUACAGAACAAGCGGGGCCAAACGCUGCAAGCUCGGACGACAAUCUACCCGGGAGAUGCAUGCGAGGGUCAGAAGCCUACAUUUUUAGUGGCUCAAACGCGAUUACUGAAGUUGCCACGCACUCUGAAUAGACAAGCAUCCAACAUAUCCCCAAAGACGGAACAAAAGUCCUCGAGUCCCGCAUCGUCUGCCGGUGGCGCCUCCGGUGGCAAUCAGACACCCAAAUCAGCUCCUGGAAAUGUGAAGCCGGAUGGAGUGACCACGCAGGCAGGUGGAAUGGGUCUCGUCAUCGGUAACCAGCACGAAGCUCUCGCAUCAGAGGAUAACGUCUUCGAUGAACUGAAGACUACAAGGAGUACCAGUUGGCAAUUUGAACUUCGCCAGAUGGAGAAGAGAAACAGGUUGCUUGCAGAAGAGCUACAGAGUCUGCUCUCUAGUAAGAAGAAGAGGAAAAGGCGAAAUGGUGCGGGUAACAUGCAGAAAAAUUGCGCUAAUUGUCAUACGAUGGUCACGCCUGAGUGGAGGCGAGGCCCGAGUGGUAAUCGCGAUCUGUGUAAUAGUUGCGGGCUUAGAUGGGCUAAAGAGAAUGGCCGAGUCACACCACGUACAUCGUCACAAAAAAGCGACAAGGAUUCCGCCUCGCCUGCAGGAACCAACACUCUCAAUCUUGUCACCGCUGUCGACCAGAUGCCUGACAAUAAAUCAGUACCUGCGCCCGAUCAGAGGUCACCCCAAGCCCUCAACGCUGAUUCGCACAACGCGAAGAUGGCGCGAAUGGAAGCGUCUGCAUCUCAGGGUUUCGGCGGAGGCAUCCCACCAAAGAUUGAGGAAGGUAUAGAACCAGGCGAGAAACAGAUGAGGCCGCCGCCGCCGAUUUAG